CUUUUUCUUUUUCGUUGGAAUCUUCUAUUCCUUCUUCUUUUGUCUUUCGGUUUCUUCAGAUUUUCUUCGUUUUCUGAAGAAUGACUGAUUCGACGGGCUCUGUCACUCCUCCUCCUCCGAUUCAAUCUCAAGCUCAUGAUUCUUAUGCCAGCCCUUAUUAUCUGGGUCCAAAUGACCAGACAAACCUAAUUUUGGUUUCUCGCCCCCUUACUGGAGCAACUGAUUUUAACUCCUGGCAUCGUUCUAUGUCCAUGGCGCUUGAAGGUCGGAACAAACUGGGUUUCGUGGAUGGUACACUUCCUAAACCCCCUGAUUCUGACUCUGAUUCGGCUCUCUGGUCUCGUGCUAAUCUAAUGGUUAGUGCAUGGAUUAUGAGCUCGGUUUCUGCUGAGAUUCAUGCUAAUCUGUUGUAUGUGAAGACUGCUAGACAGAUGUGGCAAAUCUUGUUGAAAUGUUUUCAGCAACAGCAUGCUCCUAGGCGCUUUAGUCUCAAACGGCGUAUGUAUGCUCUCCAGCAAGGUUCUUUGGAUGUCACCACCUUCUUCAACAGGUUGUGUGCGUUAUGGGAGGAGCGGAAAUCUCUUCGCUCUUCACCUUAUUGUGAGUGUGGCAAGUGCACUUGCAAUGUUGAUAACCGCUGGAAUGAUAUGUUUGAAGAGGAGUUUGUUAUGGAUUUCCUUUUCGGUCUCAAUGACUCUUAUGAGAACAUUGUGGAUCAGAUCUUAUUAAUCGAUCCUUUGCCAGAUCUUCAGAAGACCUUCCAUCUGGUGAAUCAACAUGAGCAUCAACGUCGCAUUAAGGCUAUUCCAGCUAUGGAUAAUCCGACAUUCCAGGUUUCUGCACAAGCUUCUAAACCAUCUGAUCUGAUUGCAGCUGUUUCCGGUACCUUAUUUAAGCCUAAAUCAAAGCCUCUAUGCACUCACUGUGGGAUGUAUGGUCACACUAUACAUAAGUGCUACAAGUUGCAUGGAUAUCCCCCUGGGUAUCGUAGCAACUCCAGGAACUCCGACUACAAGUCUGUUUCUGCUACUCCUCUGCCGAAGAAUCUGAAUCAGAGCAAGGGCACUGUCGCUGCUGUUCAGUCUGAUUCAGGUCUGAAUUCUUCCUCACCCUCUGAUAAUGACUUGUUUUCUCCUCAGCAAUUGCAGAAACUAUAUCAGAUGCUUGGGGAACGCCUGAAUAUUUCUUCCCCUCCCACUGUCUCUGCUUCUGGUGCACCUGAUAAAUCUGGAUCAUACUCAGGGUUACAUGAUUGGGAAGGCUAAUCUUCACCACAAUCUGUUUCUCCUGGACACUAGCUUUCAGCCCUUUUCAAUAUCAGCAACUUCAUCUUCUUUUUCUUUUAGCUUUCCAUGUAAUACUGUUGUUGUUGAUGCUAAUCUUUGGCAUCAACGCCUUGGACACCCUUCUAUUUUAAAGAUUAAG